CUCAAUGGCCCUUUGUACGGCAGGAGCCGCUCUGCCUCCCCACUGAGUUUCGAACCUAGUGCCUAUUCCUCUCGACAAAUCACAAAGAAGCAGAGGGGUGUGGACCUCAGAUCCAUGGUGACCUCCAAUUGGCUGAAGCAGGAGAGGGCGGGGCCAGGCGCGCGCCGCUUCCUCUCUCCCUCUUGUGUCUGCGGAGUGAGCGGGACGGGAAACGCUGCCGGAACCUGACGGGAGUACGAGUACCGCUGCGGUUUUACUAACCGAAAUCGUGCCCCCACCCGCCUCCGUGUAUGCCGCUCUCCAGCGAGCCGGGCUGACAUCUCACGGGGUCCCUCCUGUUCCUGUGUGUGCUGAUGUGCAGUCCAUUGAUGCAACCCAUCAGGUAACCAUGGUGGUAAGGUAAAUGUACUCCACCAUGAUUUAUUUUUCCUGUCAAUGAAUUAAAAGCAAUCCUAAUACUUCUACAUAUGUUAUAUUGCAUAAUUGAGUAUAUUGCAUGUACAUUUUAUGAUGGUGAUUUAUGUCAAAUCAGGGGAUUUGUAAAUAGAAAGCAAAACCAUGAUGUACUUGGGAGUCAGUGAGUCUAUGAAGUAAUUUCCUGCAUCCUGACAUGUAAUAGAAAUGUAUUCCGCCAUGUGCAUGAGACUUGUGCAUAUCUAAUUAAAACUCGAAACUCCUUUCUAUCACUGUAUUUUUCUUUCCUUCUGCUAUCUGUACAUACAGCAAAGUGCAGCCUGAGUUGAGUGAAAUCGUCAUAACGUCCGUCAGCUGAGAUUAUGGAGCUGAUGGACUUUAAGAUUAUUGGAGAACCACCAGCUGGCAUCCUGAUUGUUUUCUGGAAUAAGUGGUUCCUGCUCUUGAAUAGGUCUCUUGUUUCAUUAUAGAGGUGCCCAACCACUGAAAUGAGUGGGAGUCUUGAAAAUGGGAGCACAUUGCAGAGUUAAGUCUCUGGCGUUUCCUGAUGCUUUAUCAUUUAGAAACAUGAGGACCAUCCAUAGUGCUUUAUUGUGCAGUGGAUCAAGGAUCUCUAAAGCGCCAUGCAUUCUCCAGUGCAGACUAUAUUUAUCAUUGGCCUAGAAAUGAACAGGACCAAAGUUGUAUGCCACUUUUCUUUACUUCAAUGUGCCGCUGUACACACACGAAGAAAACAUUGUAAUUGCCUUCUAAAGAGGACACCAUGUUUACUCGAGGAAUUAAGAGAAAAUGCUUAGAUCCAGAAGUGAUUGAUGGAUCCUUGGUCGACUUAAAGACUCUUCCUUCUUAUACUCUAGAGCGUCAGUCAAUGCUGGACAUGUCCCUAGUGAAGCUUCAACUGUGCCACAUGUUGGUAGAACCAAAUCUCUGCCGUUCGGUCCUUAUUGCCAACACAGUAAGGCAGAUACAAGAGGAAAUGACUCAAGAUGGCAGCUGGCAGUUUUUCCAUGCUCACCAAACAGAGCAUCCUGCUCCUUUAGAUCGUCUUGUUUCGACAGAGAUUCUGUGUCGUUCCUCUAAGGAUCAGUCAGAAGAGAAACACAUCGAUGACACCUAUAUUACGUACAGCGAAGAAUUAGAGGUUCAAGAUACUCAGGAGAUUGACGAUUUAGCGACAGUCACUUCGGUGAAAGCGGUGCAGAACGGUUCACCUGGCUUCUGGGAGAUUGAAGGUCCACAGGAAAAUAGAGCCAAUCUUCAAAAAUCCUUAGACCAUAUAUUUGAAAACUUGGAAAGUAGAAAUACAAAUUCCAUGGAAGACUUAUUUUCUGAAGUUGAUACUUCUUAUUACGACCUGGAUACUGUGCUGACGGGGAUGAUGGGAAAUUCUAAGCUGGGACACUGUGAUAUGCUUGAGAACUUAUCUCCGUCAGCUGCACCCACUCACUGCAAGGCUGAGCUCAAUGAGAUUGAUCAUAUUGUGGAGAUUCUUGUAGAAUCUUGAAGAUGGGUUUUGCAGUUUACACAAUUAUGUUUUUGAACUAUAGUUUGGUUACAGAGCAUUUCCACUUGGCAUCCUCUUGAGAUUCUGUCAUGCCAGAUUAUUUCAGCUGAUCCUUAGUUAUAUCUGGAAAAGCUAAGUAGCAACAAACACGGUUGCCUUUCCACAAGGAGUUGGUACCCAGCUAGGCACACUUGUCAUUUAAGAGUUUAGAUAAGGUUGGUAGCAACCUCUGUAGAGGAAAUGCUGCUUAUUCUAAAUUCUUUGUAUUAUACAAACCAGUCUCUUACAAGAUUUUGUUUGCAGCAUCCUUGAGUUUUACUACUAUUGUGCCAUUAAAAGAGUUAUCCCAAGAGAAAAACUUAUCACCCAUUUACAAGAUAGGUGAUAAGUAUCUGAUCAUUGGGGGUCUGAGCACUAAGGCCCAUUGGAUUAUCAGAACAGGGGUCCCUUAUUCACCCUCUUCAGGGUGGCAGAGUUUGCACACUGCUGCUUCAUUCAUUGUAGUAACAAAGGACAAACAAUUCUCAUAUUUGUUAGACCCCCACAGAUAAGUUUCAGUCUAGGGGUGACAACUUUUAAAUGGCAUGUAUAAGAUUGGGGUAGGGGGGAACAAAAGAGUGCUUUAUUCUAAAAACAGUGCCAUUCGUGUCAACAGACUGUGCGCAGUAUUGCAGCUCAGUUUCAUGGGGCUAAGCUUUAAAGGGGUACUCCCAUGGAAAACUUUUUUUUUUUUUUUUUUAAAUCAA